AUGCCGGUGGCCGCCCGCUCGGCAGCCCCCGGGGCGCAGCCCGACGCCGGCUUCCAUGCCCCUGCCCGCCAGCGGGACCGCGGCGUCGCUCCGCGCGGCGAGGAGAGCGGCGGCGAGCGGCACCUCCGUCAGGCCGGCGAGGCGGGCCGGCGCGGCAGAUGGGUGGCUUCUUCCGCCGCCCCCUUCCUGCCUGCCUUCUCCUCCUCCCCUCCGCCGCCCCCCGCCUCCUCCGUUGCCUCCUCCCCCGCUGGUGGGGCCGCCGUCGCCGCCUCCACCUCCCCCUCGGCUGCCUCCCUUCUCCCGGCACUCCCCCAGACCCGCGCCCGUGUCCGCUCCUGCUCCGGCUUCCCGGGACUCGCCAUGAGCGGCGGUUCCGGUCGCUUACCGCCGCCCGCCGCCCUCUGCCCGCCGCCGCCCCUCCACGGGCCGAGCUUGCCGGAGGCGGGAGCGCGGAGCCAGGGCCGGGGCAGCCCCGCCGGGCACGGCGCGCCCCGCGGCGCCCCGGGCUCCAGAGCCCCGCCACCAGGUAGUAUUGGUACAGCGUUUCAAUGCCACACAAUCCAUCAAGAUCACAUUUGUACUGAUGACAGUGACAAGAGUGAAGACAGUCCUAGUCCCAAGCGACAACGCCUUUCCCAUUCCGUCUUUGACUACACAGCAGCAUCACCAGCCCCAUCAUCACCAAUGCGACCAUGGGAGAUGACAUCAAACAGGCAACCUCCUUUGGCUCGACCCAACCAACACCACUUCUCAGGGGAACGAUGCAACACACCUGCACGAAACAGGAGGAGUCCUCCGGUUCGACGUCAGAGAACAAGGAGAGAUCGUUUGUCUAGACAUAAUUCUAUUAGCCAGGAUGAAAACUAUCACCAUCUCUCCUAUGGACAGCAGCAAGCAAUAGAAGAGCCUCGAGCUUUUCGCCCACCGAAUGUAUCUCCUCGUAUGUUGCACCCAGCUGCUCACCCACCACAGCAGAAUGCAGUGAUGGUUGACAUUCAUGAUCAGAUCCAUCAGGGCACAGUUCCUGUUUCAUACACAGUGACAACUGUGGCUCCACAUGGGAUACCACUUUGCACAGGCCAGCACAUUCCAGCCUGCAGCACGCAGCAGGUCCCAGGUUGCUCAGUGGUUUUCAGUGGCCAGCACCUUCCAGUUUGCAGUGUGCCUCCCCCAAUGCUUCAGGCCUGCUCAGUCCAGCACCUACCUGUCCCAUAUGCAGCAUUUCCACCCCUCAUUUCUAGUGACCCAUUCCUUUUGCAUCCUCCUCAUCUCUCUACACACCACCCUCCUCACUUACCUCCUCCAGGACAAUUUGUUCCUUUCCAAGCACAACAGUCACGGUCGCCGCUUCAAAGGAUAGAAAAUGAUGUAGAAUUGCUUGGAGAACAUCUUCCUGUAGGAGGUUUUACAUACCCUCCCUCAGCCCAUCCACCAACGUUGCCUCCCUCAGCUCCUCUUCAAUUCUUAGCCCAUGAUCCAUUACACCAGGAGGUGUCAUUUGGGGUACCUUAUCCACCUUUUAUGCCUCGAAGACUCACAGGGCGCAGCAGAUACCGAUCACAGCAGCCAAUACCACCACACCCUUACCAUCCCAGCCUAUUACCUUAUGUGCUAUCAAUGCUCCCAGUGCCACCGGCAGUUGGACCAGCUUUCAGCUUUGAGUUGGAUGUGGAAGAUGGAGAGGUAGAAAACUAUGAGGCACUGCUGAAUUUGGCAGAACGUCUGGGAGAAGCCAAACCACGGGGAUUAACAAAAGCUGACAUUGAGCAGCUUCCAUCCUACAGAUUCAAUCCAAACAAUCACCAGUCAGAACAGACAUUAUGUGUGGUGUGCAUGUGUGAUUUUGAGUCAAGGCAGCUACUUAGAGUCUUACCCUGUAACCACGAGUUCCAUGCCAAGUGUGUUGAUAAAUGGCUGAAGGCAAAUCGCACCUGCCCAAUUUGUAGAGCUGAUGCUUCAGAAGUGCAUCGUGAUUCAGAAUGACCAAUCUAAGAGCACAAAUCUGGUUUGGAUGUUUCUGGUCACAUGUAUAUAUGAACUCUCUAUUGAACUUACCUACCCAUGUGGCUUCCAGCCUACCCUUUACACAAAAGGGUCAAUGGACCUUACUUUGCACUGUGUGACUUAAUCAAUUAUAAAGCUUAUAACUAGUCUUCACAGUUACGGGAUUGUUAUACUAACAAGUGUGAUUGGAACUCCAAAGAUUUUUUUUUUAGCUUAAUUUUGUGUGUGCACUAACAUUCCCUGGGUUUUGUGUGAUCAUUCCAAGUAUUGCUGCGAGAUUACUGUGGAUGUGAUCUUUUAGCAUGUGCUUUUAUAUAAAAGAAAAAGAAAAAAAAAAGUGGUAGCUCCAAACAAUAUAGCAAUCUACCUUAUAUAGAGCCUUCAGAUACUGUGAGUGGGGAUGAAUGGUAUGAGUGUGUGUUUGCCUGAGAGAGGAUGAAUGAAGUGUGCUUGUGACUGGGUGUGCCUGCGUGUUUGAGAACCUAUAUACCAG